AUGGCAUUUUCAGAAGAUACCAAGGAGCGAAUCAUUAAGGCGGUCGAUGUCUCCAAGACUUUGUUGCAUUACGGCUGGGUGCCUUUCGUUCUUUACAUCGGCUUCACCCGAAGCACGCCCCAGCCUAGCUUGAUCAAGCUCAUCAGUCCUCUCGCAUGA